AUGGAUGAAGAGAGCAAAGAGAGUGUGUGUCAGGGUCUACGUAUACCAGCUGGUCAGAAAAAGAGACGUCCAGAGGCCAAAGAAAUCGUGUCGUCGAAAAAGAAAUAUUUUUCGCAGUCUGAGACGGAGAUAAGCUGGGUCCCAUUCUCUAGGGAUAAAGCUUUCCUUGCAGCCCCAAGCACUCAGGCCAGAACCACACGCUGGUUAAUUGGUUUGACGGUAAGUUCUGAAAGUGACCCAGCCUCUGGCAGCUUGUUGGGGCUCGUAUUUGAGAACCAGCGCUCGCUACAGCCGUCUGUGUUACCAUGGCAGCUAACGCGGGAAGAGCGUGCCUGCUCGGGGGGAGUUCCUCGGCGCCUCCUCCUCCCUCCUCCUCCUCCUUCCUUCAGCACGGAGUCCCCGGAGAACCUGGACUACGUCGAGUACCACGACUACGAGGACUCCCCCCACUGCGAGCCCCUGGAGGUAGAGGAGUGCCAGGGCCUCGGCUACGACACCACGCUCUUCCCGAACCUCCUCAAUCACAGGUCUCAGGAUGCGGCGAUGGAGGAACUCAAGGAGCUCAUCCCUCUGAUUGAGGUUGAAUGUUCAGAAGUUCUACGGGAGUUCCUGUGUUCACUGUACAUGCCGGUGUGCACGAAUUACGGUUUCCACUUGCCUCCGUGUCGGGCCCUGUGCAGGCAGGCGAGGGAGGAGUGCGAGCAGGCGAUGCUCGCCGAUGGACUCAAAUGGCCCGAUAAAUUUGACUGCACGAGAUUCCCAGAACACCAUGAGCUCAUGUGUGUCUUGUCUCUCAACCACAGUAACUUCCUGACCACGCCCAUCCCGACGCACGCUCCGCCCAAUUUCUCUCAGUCCUGGAGGUCCGGGCGCCCCAUGUACCACCGCCGGCCCCUCCCUCACGCAGUGUGUCUCGAAUGCUGAUGCGUC